AGCCAGUUUGGAUUUUUUUCUUUUUUUUUUUUAAUAUUACUGUUCUGAUUUUUUUUUUUUUUUAAAGCGGUGGACAGAGAGAGGGAGAGAGAGACAGAGACAGAGAGGGCAGGAGGAAAGCGCUCUCUUCGUCCCCUCCGCCACCACCACCCCGACUUGCGGAGAGGGGUCGGGCCGAGCGGCGGCGGGAUCAGCCCUUUCCCCCCGGGGAGGCGACCCCGGCUCGGGGAGCCGCCGGAGGCAGCCGCCGCGAAGAGGGGGCGCAGGAAAAGAGAUGCAUUGAAACUUUCCGCGCAAACUUUGGCGUGAGUGCGCGAAACCGAGCGAGCGCGGCGCGGGUGCCUGCCUGCCCCGGCGCGGGGAGAGCGGCCGCGGACGGGCGCCGCUGUGGAGCUCGGACUGCCCGGCGGCGGGGGCCGGGCGGCGGCGGGGCGGCCGCGGAGCCUGCGCUCGGCCCGGCGGAGCGCCCACCGAAAGCAGCAGCGGGGGCCGGCGGAGAGCCGGGCUUAUGGAGGGGUGAAACCGGAGACCCCGAAGAGGAACCCCCCUUCCCCCGGAGCCCCUCGCAGCGCCCGGCCGGCGGCAUCCCAGGAGGCGGCGGCCCCGGGCACGGAGGAGGCGCGGGCGAGAGCGCGGCGGGGCGGCGGCGGCGGCGGCGGCGGGGCGGCGGCGAGGCGGAGCGCGGCGGGCCCCGCUCCGCGGCGUGCGCCGGCAACCAUGAACUUUCUGCUCACUUGGAUCCACUGGGGGCUGGCGGCGCUGCUCUAUCUGCAGAGCGCGGAGUUGUCGAAGGCUGCUCCUGCCCUGGGGGAUGGGGAGCGGAAACCCAAUGAAGUUAUCAAAUUCCUGGAAGUCUACGAGCGCAGCUUCUGCAGGACAAUUGAGACCCUGGUGGACAUUUUCCAGGAGUACCCCGAUGAGGUGGAGUACAUAUUCAAGCCAUCCUGUGUGCCUCUGAUGAGAUGUGCGGGUUGCUGCGGCGAUGAGGGCCUAGAAUGUGUCCCUGUGGAUGUGUACAACGUCACGAUGGAGAUCAUGAGAAUUAAACCCCAUCAGAGUCAGCACAUAGCGCACAUGAGCUUCUUACAGCACAGUAAAUGUGACUGCAGACCAAAGAAAGAUGUCAAAAACAAACAAGAAAAAAAAUCAAAACGAGGAAAGGGGAAGGGUCAAAAGAGAAAGCGCAAGAAAGGCCGGUACAAACCACCCAGCUUUCACUGUGAGCCUUGCUCAGAGAGGAGAAAGCACUUGUUUGUACAAGAUCCCCAGACCUGUAAAUGUUCCUGCAAAUUCACAGACUCACGUUGCAAGUCGAGGCAGCUUGAGUUAAACGAGCGCACUUGCAGAUGUGAAAAACCGAGACGGUGAGCAGCGGAAAAGAAGGGGGAACAGCCCUGUUUCUGGAGCCUGAUUUCUCGCCUGGACAGAAAAAAACAAAACAAAACACUAAUCCAAAUGAACCCUAAAAAUGAAGGAUCGGUAGAGCACAGCACUUUCAGUACGGACGAUGGACUCCGGAAGGAACAUUCCCCAAGGCACCCGCCGCACAGAAUUCACCUUUGGGUUUUGAACUGUUUUAUUUUAUUUUUCUUUUCAUGCUGCUAAAUAACAGAGCCAGGAAGACUAUAGGGGUGUAUUUGAUGGGUUUUCCCAUGCAUACAUAUAUAUGUGUGUAUACAUGCAUAUACAUAUAUAUAUAUGUAUAUAUAUUUUAACCACAUCUAUAUAUACAUAUAUGUAUAUCUUAACCACACACACACACAUAUAUAUAUAAUAUAUAUAUAUAUACUGAUUAUUUUUUUUUAACAUUGCUAAUGUUAUUGGUGUCUUCACUGGAUAAUACUCGACUGCUGUGGACACAAGCGGGCUACUUGGGGCAUAAGAAACAAGCUAAGACUGGACUUGAGUAGAAGCGCUGGGUGUAAACUUCUUAACUCUAACUGACUUGUGCGGCCUCCGCUGUUUCUCUGUAGAGUGUGCUGUACCACAAACCACCUUCUCCUUGCCUGGGACAGGGAGGAGAGGUGAUGGAGAGGAUGGGCGGGGAGUUCCAAAGAGCGGCAUCCUAGGGUGCGAUGGGUCAAAGGCCAAGGAAAUGGCCGUCUCCGUGAUCAAGGAUUCCUCCUCCCCUCUCUUCCCCCAAUCUUCGCCCUUACUCGUCUCAUAACCUGCCUGCCUUGCUGGGACAUGGGAUGUCAGUGUACAUUUUGCGUUGACUUUAUUCGCUAUAGAAACUUUGCCAGAGAGACAUGCUGGCUUCUCUUAAGGAUGGUGGGCAGCUGAUGCGCACUAACUUUCCAUUCAAGGAAGUAUCACAGGAGUCUAGAUUUCCCGCCCUUGGUGGCUGCAAAAGGACACAAGGCCUACAGUGUGCUGAAGCAAGAAUGGGGACCGGUGCAUAGCCACGCAGUUGUUCAGCACUGUCUGCUUUCUUCAUGCACAGAGCUGCCACUCAAGAGCAUCCAAGAUGCUUACGGAACAUUUCUGGAAAGGGAUAUUAAUCAAAAGUAUAUACACAGUAGGGGGGUGUGUGUGUGUAUGCGAAUGUGUGCAUUUGUGUCUGUGUGUAUGUAUGUUUAAUUUUUUCUCUCUUUUUUAUAUAUAUAUAUUUAUUUUUAUACAUAUAUAUAUAUAAAAAAAUAAUAUAUAUGUAUGCCAAGAUUGAGGGGGGGAAAAAAGAAAGCAACUUUUGCUGCCUUCAGUUUGCGUGCCUGGUGUGAAUGACCCUUAAGAACGUCAAGGUUUUUUUUUUUUUAUGACGUACUGUAAAUAUCAGGCCCCUUUUCCACGUCUUGAGCUGGGGAAUCAAAUGUGAAGGCAGCCAGAAUCCCUAAGCCGUGUCUGAGAAUCUUGGCUAUGUGUGUAUCUGCAAUAUAUGCUGUGGCGUAUGUGAAACCCACCUUACACACGUGCGCACACACACACACCCCUGAAAGCGUGUUUGUACGUCUAUGUGGAUAUAUAUAAUCUAGUUCUGUGAUUAAAAUUAUUAAUAAUAAUAAUAAUAAUAAUCAAAAAGGUACUCGGUCUGUGUCAGAAUGCUGCCAAACAUCAUCUGCAAUUGAAUUUUCAACGCCUGAUAAUGUACAACACGGAAAGCUUCCAAAAAGACAAGACAGUCUAAAAACAGACUCACAACAAGCGACUACUAACCACUAGGAACUCCCCAUCCGACUGAUGGCUUUCAGAAGGAGAAAAAACACACGGGUGGGUGCUUGCAUCUGCAAUGUAUAAUACUCAUGCUGCAUCGUGCGCAAGACAGAGGCUUCCGAUGGGGGGAGGGAAGAGAAAGUGUUUUAUAUACUUAUUUAAUAUCCCUUUUUAAAUUAGAAAUUAAACAGAUAAUUUAAUUAAAGAGUAGGGAUUUUUCAGUAUUCUUUGUUAAUAUUUAAUUUCAACUAUUUAUAAGCCGUACCUCCUUUUUUUUUUUUUUUUUAUUUGUACUGGUUGUGUAUAAAUUUAACCUUCCUGUUGUCCCGUCCCAUCUCUCCCCAAUUGUUGGCAGAGUCAGUAGCAUGUUAUGGGCAGUUAUUUAAUUAAUUUCUCUAACACCUACCCCUACACAUUCCUAUUGAGACAAGGGUUAGAUAUACAUCUACAUACUAUAUAUAUAUUUGGCUAUGUGUUUGUAUAUAUAUAUAUAUGUUUAUGUAUAUGUGUGAUUCGGAUUAAAUAAACGCUACGAUUUUUUUAUAUAUGUAAAAAGAAGAAACAGGAAAAAUAGAAAAUUCUACAUCUUGAAUCUCUCUCCUUUUUAAUUUUAAUAUUUGUUAUCAUUUUAUUUAUUGGUGCUACUGUUUAUCUGUAAUAAUUGCGGGGAAAAAAGAUAUUAACACUA